GAUUCUAACAAAAGAGAAUAAGCGUCGUUUAAGUCAAGAAAUGAGAAAAGGAAAACAACAAUUACCCCCACAAAAUAAUUUAAAUGAAAGUACAAAACAAGUAAAUUUAUUAAAAGAAGAAAUAAAAAAAGAAAAUAAUACAAAUCAAAAUAAAUUUAAAAAAUUAGAAAAAGAUUUGUUAGAAAUCCAAAAAUUAAUUGAAAAUAAAGAAAAAAUGAAAAAUAACGAAUUAAUUUUAAAUGAUGGAAAUAAUAAAAGAAAAAUGGCCGAAAUUGAAAAAAUAAUUUACUCGAACAAAAAUGGUGUAGAUUAUUUAAGUAAUGAACAAAAAAAUAUUGAAUAUAAAAUUGAGGAAUUUGAUAAGGAAAAGAAUGAAUUGUAUAGAGAAUUGACAGAACAUAAAGAAUUUAUUAAUGUAAAAAUAUUUUUGAUAGGAAAUUUUUGGAGGGAAUAA